UCUCCAGGCAUCUUGCACCCUGGGCAUAGGAAAAGUUUUACAUCGUUUUGUUGGAGACUGCUGAUUGAUUGACAAUCAAGAUGGCUGCCUACUGGAAGGCUUGUGUCUUUGCAGUUAUGUUGCUUCCUACGGCCACCACGAUGCAUUCCAACUGUUUCAUCAAGAAGGAGGAAGAGGCCUGCUUAGAGACCAUCAGGAAGCUGACGGCUUUGAUCCCGGCAAACGAAUCUUCUCCAGACUGCCCAGGGAUGUGGGAUAACCUCACUUGUUGGAAGCCAGCUUUUGUUGGGGAGGUUGUCUACGUCAGAUGUCCGGCACUCUUCACGAUAUUCAACUUUGAAGACGGGCAGGACGUGAACAGUAUGGCUUACGCUCAACCAGGUGAUUUGGAAUUUCUGGACGAUGCAGAAAUGCUAGGUGGAUCAGAUUUAAAAGUCAGCAGGAACUGUACCGAAGAAGGCUGGUCCGAAGCUUUCCCUCAUUACUACGACGCCUGCGGAUUUGAUGAGAAUGAAACAUCCGAUGGCAACCAGGAUUAUUAUUACCUCUCAGUGAAGGCUCUGUACACCGUUGGCUACAGCACUUCCCUUGUUUCACUCACCACAGCGAUGGUGAUCCUGUGUCGCUUCAGGAAACUGCACUGCACACGAAACUUUAUCCACAUGAACCUCUUUGUUUCCUUCAUUUUGCGAGCCAUCUCGGUUUUCAUUAAAGACGGAGUUCUCUAUGCCGAGCAAGACAGCAAUCACUGCUUCAUCUCAACGGUGGAGUGUAAAGCUGUGAUGGUCUUUUUCCACUACUGCGUCAUGUCCAACUAUUUCUGGCUCUUCAUUGAGGGGCUGUACCUUUUUACUUUGCUUGUGCAGACCUUUUUUCCAGAAAAGAGAUACUUCUACUGGUACACCAUCAUUGGCUGGGGAACUCCCACCAUUUGUGUCACUGUCUGGGCUGUCCUGAGACUUCACUUUGAUGAUGUCGGCUGCUGGGACAUGAAUGACAACACAGCCUUGUGGUGGGUGAUCAAAGGCCCCGUGGUGGCAUCAAUAAUGAUCAACUUUUUGCUUUUCGUUGGUAUCAUUAUCAUAUUGGUACAGAAGCUCCAGUCUCCUGAUAUCGGGGGCAACGAGUCCAGCAUUUAUUUCAGCUGCGUUCAGAAAUGCUACUGUCAGCCCAACAGGGCUAAGCAACACUCUUGCAGGAUGUCAGAACUAUCCACCAUUACCUUGCGAUUGGCCCGCUCCACUCUGCUGCUUAUCCCGCUGUUUGGAAUCCAUUACACAGUGUUUGCCUUUUAUCCAGAGAACGUCAGCAAGAGGGAGCGGCUAGUUUUCGAACUCGGCCUGGGAUCUUUCCAGGGCUUUGUUGUAGCUGUCCUCUACUGCUUCUUGAAUGGGGAGGUGCAAUCAGAAAUAAAGAGGAAAUGGAGGAGCUGGAAAGUCAACCGGUACUUUGCUGUGGAUUUCAAACACCGCCAUCCCUCUCUGGCAAGCAGCGGAGUGAACGGGGGGACGCAGUUGUCCAUUCUGAGCAAGAGCAGCUCACAGAUUCGAAUGUCGAGCAUAAAUGCGGAGAACCUGGCGACAUGAGCACAUAAAAACAACUACACCCCACCCCAGAAAAAGUUCC